AGUACCGAUUGCGUACUCAUCGUGUUGAUACAAAAAAAGUAAAUUAAACAAACUAUAUUAUCAGAAAAAUUAGCGAUGUGAUGACAUUUUUCUAAUCAGUUGGUAAAAAACAUUCAACAUCGUGGUUCAAGGAUUUCUUAAAAUAAAUGGUACUAGUGUGAGUUAAACACACAUUAAGCUAGCUAAAUUUGUGCUAUAACAUGAUAUAACACAUACAUAAUAUAUUAUUGUGAUUUGUGAAAAAACAUUUGAAAUUUCAAAGUGAUUGUACCAAUAGAUGACUACAAAGGUGCCGAAAUACAAGUACCUCUAGGUAUGUCGUUUAGUUGAGUCGUAUAUUUUUUAUAGAACAUAAUAUAUUUUUAUAACCGGCAAAAUACAUGAUGUCUUAAAGGCAUAAUUAAGUUGUAUAGUCAAGAACAUUACCUCCAAGAUUAAGAUAAUAAAAGUGUCUGACGUUGUUUAUGUAAAAAGUGCUUCAUAUUGCGUAUAUUAUCAAUAAAAAAGUACACUUGAAGUAAAAUACAAUGCUAGUAAACAUUUUAUUGUUCUGGCAAUGUUGGAGCAAUGAAUUAGCGAGUACCGAAAAAUAAGAGUACCAAACGCUAGUGUUUUGGUGGUGUUUAAUAUGGGAGUAAGCUACAUUGUAACGUGCUGUUUUUACCUGAUAUUACAAUUCGUCACAAUAAACACACGACCUGGGGACCACGACCGCAACCCUUUACGACCCUGUAAAUACUUAAAUGAUUCUCUCACAUGCUAUGGAAAUCUCCACGAUGACAUCAGUUAUCCAUCGACUAUCUCAGAACUUAAAUUAUCCAACUUAACGAUAAGAACGUUAGAUCUGAAUAUUAUAGUACAGAGAUUUCCUAAUCUAAAAUUAUUAGUGGUGGAGAAUGGUGAGGUGUCGAAUGUUAUACCACCAGAAGUGGAUAACGUCAUUACUGAAUUAGUGUUAGGAAACUUAAAAAUAAAACAUAUCCACAGGGAUUUCGUACAAUAUUUUCCAUUUUUAAAAAGUCUGCAUUUAGAAAAGAAUUUUCUGUCUGAAUUAAGUAGUCGCUUUCAUACUGGCACAUUGGAUGAGCUUUAUAUAAAAAAUAACCGAUGGAAUUGUUCAAGAGAUUUAUCAUGGGCCAUUCAUCUAAACAAAAGUAGAGUUUGCCAAGACCUGACAAACAUUACGUGCAAGGAUAAACUUUUUUCCUCAAAAAGCGUUUUAUUAGUUGCUCAAUAUAAAAAGACUAUGAAGGAGAGCUGUACCCAAGGCUGUGAUUGUUCUCUGGAGUAUAUAGCUCCAGAUCCAAUAACCAACAUACAGUAUCCAAUAAUAAUGGUCAAUUGCUCACGCAGAGGUCUAACAGAGUUCCCAAACCAACUACCUCUCAACACAAGAAUACUGCAUUUGGAACACAACAGAAUUAGCAAUAUAAAAUCUCUAAAAACAGAUCCCUCGUUAAAACAACUUUGGGAUCUAUAUUUGGACAAUAACACUAUUGAGAGUAUCUCAUAUUUGGAGGGGUCAUACUGGUUGUCUAACUUCAGGGUGUUUUCGCUGAAGGAUAAUCGAUUGGGCAAGUUACCAUCGUAUGCCUUGGACAACGCAUUAAUGAAGAAUCCAAAUAUGCCAAAAGCAGUACGAUUAUUUCUUAGUGGAAAUCCAUGGAAAUGUGACUGUGUUUUUACACCAGUGUUUCAAGAACUGGUUUUACAAAAAUAUUCUUUUCAAAUUGAUGACUUAAGAGAUGUGAAGUGUUCUUAUAUGAGAAAUGAUGAAAAUUCCUUAAAACCGAUUAUAAAUUUGUCAAGAAGCUCAGUCUGCAUCGUCUCAACGGAUUUCUCUUUACAAGAGGGUCUGGAUCUCCUAAAUGCGGUCCUGGCCAGCCUCAUAAUUUUUAUUUUGGGCAAACUAGCUUAUGACUACUACCAUUUCAAGAAGUCGGGGAAACUUCCAUGGAUAGUAUCCAGAAUGCCUUAGCUGACUAAUAUUUAGUUCUACGUGUUAGUUGUAUUUAUGACCAAUUUUGUAGAUAUUGUAUAUAAAAUUAAUAUAUUUUUAAUUAUA